AUGUGCGCAGCAUCGACGCCGCCUCGAGCAAGGCAAGCGAGGUCGCCAACCAAGCUGCUGCCAAGGCAGACAAGGCGCAGCACAGUGCUUCUUCCUCCUAAUGACGAUACCCCUUCAUGUGUUGGUCGUUAUGACGCUCGCUUAGAUUCACGGCAAUGCACGCUAUUGUUUGAUCUCCUCUUGACGUGCAGCAAGCUUGACAGGCCGGCAGCUGCCAGCCCUGGCGGAGCGAUCUUGGAUCUGCUUAGUGGUCAGGGGCCUCGUCUGCUGCCGAAGCACGCAACCGGCGAGGACCGUGUUGGGCGCGAGAGGGCGAAGAUAACGACCGUGCCCGCCCGUCCGCAGCGAGGCGGCCGAAGUAGGGGCGUCGAGGCAAUUCAGUCGAUUUUGUCCGCAAAGCAUCUCCUGCCGAACUUCGCCUGGCGAGGCCAUCAUCUACACCGCCUUUCCGCCUGCCUGAUCGUUUGCUGGCGAGCGCAUGCAGAUCUGAAAGCGACUUGCCGUGCCGAGCCAGUCAUCCUUUGCUUUGUGGGCAGACCCGACGACGUCUCGCGCGACGAGCGCCCGGCCCGAGGUCAGAGCGUAUCGCUCGAUAGUCUGUCGAGGCUUAUACCGUCGCCUCCCCUGCGCGAUCCUCACAUCUUGAUUUCCGCGGCUGCCGACCGAAAUCGCUCAGGAAGCGCUUGCUCAACGAGCUCUGCUUCACGAGAUCAGCCAUGGCAGCCGCAAUGA